UUCCCUACGAAGUCACUUCAGUUAAUGUCACGGUGUAAAGAACAAGAAAGAUAAGAAAGGGAAAAUGUCUUUAGAUGUAAAUAUAAGUGAACCAGAUGAAUUUAACUGUAUCGAAUUACAUAAUUGUAUUAAAAGUGUCGCAAACAUUUAUAAUAUAGAAGAUUUUGUUUAUCACGUUGACAUUGUCUGCGGUAAAGGUGAAAAUUAUAUUGCGAAUGUAUUUAGAGUGUCUAUUAAUGAAACAAAUAAUGAAAAAAACAGUGUCAGUGUUAUUGUGAAAACUCUUAUCAAUACAACGCGACAAGACUUGUUUAGAGAAUUGCAUAAGAGAGAAGUUUAUGCCUAUAGAAAUGUUAUUGAUAAAUUUGUUGUAUUACAAAAUGAUAUAGUAGCUAACGAAAGAACUAUACUACCGAAAUACGUUUUUGCUAGUACAACGAAAAAUAAUGAAGUUAUUAUAUUGGAAGAUUUACUGCUCAGUGGAUUUGUGAUUGAAAGUAAAUUUAAUAAAUAUGAGAAAUUAGAUUAUCCUCAAGUACGACUUAUAUUAACAGAAUUAGCGAAAUUUCACGCUUUGUCAUUUGUGUUUAGAAAAAAAGAUGAAACGAAUUUUGAAAAUUUACUCGAUGAUUUUAAAGAUUUAAUUUAUCAAGACAAAUUUCUAAAUAAGACUAAACUGAGAAAUUAUUUUCAAGAAUCGUAUGAAAUGUCUUUGAAUCUCAUAAAAGACACGGACGCUAAGAAAAAGUUGGAUAAAGUGAAAGAUUUUUUAUUAGAAUUAUUAAGAACGUACACUAAACCAAAAAGGUAUAACGUAUUUUGUCAUGGAGAUUGUUGGAUCAAUAAUAUUUUGUUCAAGGACGAGGUAAAUAAAUUAUGUUUCCUGGACUUUCAAGCUAUGAGGUAUGCAAGUCCUGCAACAGACAUCCUAUACUUUAUGUACAUAUGCACGGAUUCCGCCUUUAGAUCUGAAUAUUUUGAAGAUCUUAAAACAGUUUAUUAUAAUACCUUUACAAAUUUCUUAAAACAAUUCAACAUAGAAGGUAAUAUUGUUUAUCCACAAGAAGAAUUCGAAAAAGACAUAACAGAAAUGCUUCCUUUUGGUCUACUUAUCGCUUUAGUAGAAUUAAGAAUAGUCACGACUCGUCCUGAAGAAGAAACUUUAUCCAACGAUUCUACAGACGCCGAUUCAACAAAUGAUAACAUUGAUAUUAAUAAAGCAGUACCAGGGAGUGAAAAGUUAUACGAAAUACGAGUAAAUGAUUUGGUAGACGAUUCAGUCAAUAACGGGACGUUGAAUCAGCUUUUAGAUCUUGUUAAGUGUUAACAAAUAUUUAAUAGA